AUGCUUGCAAGAGACAAUAUUAGACAACAUGAUUUAGCUUUUCAAAGUAAAAAUAAUUUGAAUGUUAAAGAAAAUGUAGUCAAUUUAUAUUUUGAAUUACUUAAAUCACAUGAAUUUAAUGAUACAACAGAGUAUUUUUAUCCAUCUCAACCUAUUGAAACAGAAGUAAUUAAUAUUACGAAUAGACCUCUUUAUCGAUUUUUGAAGUUAUUACCAAAAGGUGGAAAUCUGCAUAUCCAUGAAAAUCAGAUUCUAGACCGAAAACGAUUACUAGAAGUAAUCCAAAACUCUUCAGAAUACGAAUUAUUACACAUAUGUGAUCAAAGUAGUUGUGAAACAGAGAAAUAUUACCUUAAGUAUUUCAAAUCAAAUAUUCCUCAAGGUUGGACAAAAGUUAAAGGCUCAAAUUGGACAAUUUCGGACAUUGUAAGGAAGACUACUCUCACUGGAAUUCUGAAUGAUUUGAAUACUCCAAUAUAUGCAACUGAUACAGCAGGUAGAUGGUCUACAGCCAAUAAAUAUGGAGUCUUCAAUUUCUAUAGUGAUUUGGUGAAACACAAUGCUACACGUUUUCAUUACAUGAAAGCGGUGUUGGAUAGUUCACUUGAAGAGAAUGUACAACUUUUGGAAUUAAGACGAGGCAGUUUCGGAAGUUUAUUUUAUUUUAACUCAAGUGGUUCUCGAAUAUCAAUAAGUGCAACUGAUGAAUUAGAUUUACUCACUGAUUUUAAAAAAGAUUAUAUGGAAAAGAAUCCGAAAUUGAUUGAUUUCGUAUUCUUACUUUAUAACUCGAGAAGUGCUCCAAAAGAAAAUAUUAAAAAUGAAGUCGACAAAGUAAUAGAUAUUCAGAGACUAUAUCCAGAUUUCAUUAGGGGAUAUGAUCUAGUUGGUGAAGAGGAUCAUGGGCAUACUCUCUUGUUCCAUAGUGAUAGUUUAAUCCAUGCGUUCAAUCAUUCACAAAAUAGUGGUGGAUCUUUUAAUCUACUUUUUCAUGCUGGUGAAACAAACUGGCCAGAAGACCAUCUCUCAUCAAAUGAUGACGUAUCAACAUUUGAAAAUAUCUAUGAUGCUCUUGUACUUAGAACUCACCGAAUUGGUCAUGGUCUGAGCUUAGCAAAACGUCCCGAUAUGUACCAAUACAUACGUGAUCGUCAAAUUGCAAUUGAAAUUUGUCCUGCAAGUAAUCAGUUAUUAGACUGGGCUUCUAUUAUGGGGUGGGAUUCUAAUGUGAGGGGAGGUUUAAUUGAUUUUUGUUGUCUGUUAAUAGGCUAUGUUGCUGAUUUACGCAAUCAUCCUGGAAUCGUUUAUCAUCGAAGCGGUAUUCCGAUUGUAUUGUCUGGCGAUGAUCCAGGAAGUUUUGGUUACAAUCAAUUAACUGUUGACUUUUAUUUGGCAUCAAUGGCAUGGGGUUUGAAUCUGGCGGAUUUAAAACAAUUUGCAUGGAAUUCUAUAGAAUACAGUACACUUCCAGAGAGUCGCAAAAAAGAAGGAUUUACAAAAUGGACAAACGAAUGGAAUUUGUUCAUCGAUUCAGUACAUGAAUCAGCAUGUAACCACGAAUUCACUAAUGUAGUACAUGUAUCAACGAUAUUCCCUCAAUAUGGUCCGAACAAUUUAUCAAUAAAUGUAACACUUUAUGGUUCCGGAUACGAAAGUUCAUUAUGUAAAAAAAUUAUCUGUAAAUUUGGUGAUACAGAAACAGAAGGUAUAUUUUUUGAUAUAAAUGAGAUACUAUGCCCAACACCUAUUAAAAACGGUGAUCUCUCCAAUGUACCAGUUUCAAUUACGAUAGAUGGAACUCCAAUUGCAACAAAUCUGAGUUACUCAUUUGUCUCAUCAUUGAUUGUAACAGACGACAACAGCAUAAUUUCAUCUGAACUUGCAGCUGUCGGGAAUGUCAAUAAGAAUUUGAUAGUUGGUAUAUUAAUGUUAGUUUUCUCAUUAACAAUUGUAUAA